GCCGGCGGGUGGCGCAUGCGCAGUGUCGGCCGCAACGGCCCCUCUCUCCACAGUCUGAGGGGGUAACCGGGGAGCCUUGGCCCCUCCGCGCUGCCGUCUUUUCCGGCAGUUGGGGUUCUUCCUGUUGUCCUCUCCCGUCACGGCUCGGCAGCCGCGCUCCCUCGGCGUCCCCGGCGCGGCGCGGUCGCUCUCGAGCCGCCCGCACGUCGCGUCUGUGCCGUCUCCGUCGCCGCCGGCCCCGUGCUUCCCUCCCCCCUGGGUCUGUUGCCAUGGCAAUGACAGGAUCUACACCUUGCUCAUCCAUGAGUAAUCAUACGAAGGAGAGGGUGACAAUGACCAAAGUGACACUGGAGAAUUUUUAUAGCAACCUUAUCGCUCAACAUGAAGAACGAGAAAUGAGGCAGAAGAAGUUAGAGAAGGUGAUGGAAGAAGAAGGCCUGAAAGACGAGGAGAAACGACUCAGAAGAUCUGCACAUGCUCGGAAGGAAACGGAGUUUCUUCGAUUAAAGAGAACAAGGCUUGGACUGGAAGAUUUUGAGUCUUUAAAAGUCAUAGGCCGAGGAGCAUUUGGUGAGGUGCGGCUUGUCCAGAAGAAAGACACAGGGCACGUGUACGCCAUGAAAAUCCUACGCAAAGCAGACAUGCUGGAGAAGGAGCAGGUUGGCCACAUCCGUGCGGAGCGUGACAUUCUAGUGGAGGCAGACAGUUUGUGGGUUGUGAGAAUGUUCUAUAGUUUUCAGGAUAAGCUAAACCUCUACCUAAUCAUGGAGUUCCUGCCUGGAGGGGACAUGAUGACUUUAUUGAUGAAGAAAGAUACUCUGACAGAAGAGGAGACUCAGUUCUACAUAGCAGAGACAGUGUUAGCCAUAGACUCCAUUCACCAGCUGGGGUUCAUCCACAGAGAUAUCAAGCCAGACAACCUUCUCUUGGACAGCAAGGGCCAUGUGAAACUUUCCGACUUUGGCCUUUGCACAGGCUUGAAAAAAGCCCACAGGACCGAGUUUUAUAGGAACCUGAACCACAGCCUGCCCAGUGAUUUCACUUUUCAGAAUAUGAAUUCCAAAAGGAAAGCAGAGACCUGGAAAAGAAACAGACGCCAGCUCGCCUUCUCUACAGUGGGCACCCCUGACUACAUUGCUCCGGAGGUGUUCAUGCAGACGGGGUACAACAAGCUCUGCGAUUGGUGGUCCCUCGGGGUGAUCAUGUAUGAGAUGCUCAUCGGGUACCCACCAUUCUGCUCUGAGACCCCUCAAGAGACGUACAAGAAGGUGAUGAACUGGAAGGAAACUCUGACCUUUCCCCCAGAAGUUCCUGUCUCCGAGAAAGCCAAGGGCCUGAUUCUGAGGUUCUGCUGUGAAUGGGAACAUAGAAUCGGAGCCCCUGGAGUCGAGGAAAUAAAAAAUAAUCCCUUUUUUGAAGGUGUUGACUGGGAGCAUAUCAGGGAGAGACCAGCUGCCAUAUCUAUUGAAAUCAAGAGCAUCGAUGAUACCUCAAACUUCGAUGAGUUUCCAGAGUCUGAUAUCCUGAAGCCCACAGUGACCACAAGUAACCACCCUGAGACGGACUACAAGAGUAAAGACUGGGUCUUCAUCAAUUACACAUACAAGCGCUUCGAGGGCCUGACAGCCAGGGGCGCCAUACCUUCCUACAUGAAGGCGGCCAAGUAGGGCUGUGCAGGAGCCCUGGGGGGCAGAGUUCUCUGAGCAACAUUGGUUUUCCUCGUGCGCUCUUGAAAGAACUUCCAAGAAUUUGGUAGAACCAUUACUACGUCCUAGUCAAGUCUCUGAAAUGUGAUUGUGAGUGGCCAUUCCUCCGUAGUGCACCGAGAAGCCGAGAGGACAGACAAGCAUUUCUCCGUCGGCCAUAGCAGCCGCUUGCUUCUUCUGAAGCCCCACGAGCCAGUGUGGUAGGUGGUGUGCGGAGAACUUGAUUUUCCCAAGUUCAUCAGAAUGGGGGAAGACCGGCCGUCCACCGUGCCGAGCCACACACCGAGUACCAGCCAGUGCCUGUGCUGUGUGCCACCUGCCAAGCCCACCGAGUAUUUGUCUCUUUAUAGCUGAAAAUUCUGUAGUUAAAGAAACAAGGCAAUAAUGAAAGUCCGCGUGAACAGCCCAGUGUGGCAGAGGAGCGAGCUCCAGCUCCCCCGCCUCGGCCGGCGCAAGUGGCUUGCACAGCCUUCAUUCGUGGUGCACUUUACCUAUGGUACCAGGGCAGAGACCCUGACCCACUGACCUGUCUUCCCUCCGAAAGACUACGCUGCGCUUCUGUUGAUGGGAGAGGUACCAGUGCGAUCCUUGAUCUUACAAAGCCCACAACGCCACUGGGCACUGCCAAGGAGUUUGGACCCUGUGGACAACCCUCACUCUGUCUCCACGGCUGUCUGAGUGACCUUGAGGCACAUGGGCCUCCCAGCAAGCAAUACCGGCGGAUGCUGCCAGAGCAGCCUGAGGAGCAGGGAGAACCUGCUGGAGCUCAGGCGCUGCCGUGCGGGAUCCCACAGCCUCCUUGGAGUCAAGGCAGGUCCAGCCCGCUGAGUCCUUGAGCUCAUUCCUCAACCCAUGGUGCAAACGUGUUUGUCUUAGCAUUUCUCUAGCCCAAUUUUAGCCAUUUUGCCUUGGAAUCAUGAUUACAAAAUUUUCCUUUGCAGAUGCCUUCCCGGGGCAUUCUUGUCCCUCCACCCACAAGGGUGGCCUGCAGCUUGGGCCGAACUGGCCUCUGCUGUGGUGUUCUCUCGUGAGAAACACUGAAUUUAGCACAAAGUGCCUUCUCUGUCACAGCUGCUGCCACCUUUAGGAGACUUUUGCUGUGUCAGAAAAAUGUGGAGGUUCCAUAUUAAUGCAUUACUAGAGUUUGGUUUUAAGUGUCGGUAACUGUUAAAGCAUUAUUUGCACCUGUGUGGUAACUUGCAGUGUCAUUGGCCAAGCUACAAGGGAUCGGCUCUCUGCUAGUCCUGAGGUUGUGAAGGUCAGUUUGGUCCCAGCUCAGCCAUUCAGAGAACAGAAUAUAAGACUUAAAAUUGUAAGCAAAACCGCUUUGAGUUUUCAUGUCUUAGAUGAAGAAAAAGGAAUGUUAGGGAAGUCUUAACUCUGGGUUAAGGGUGAUUGAUGUUAGCUCCUUAAUCCUCCAUUCAGAACCUGCUAAUGCGAAGGAGAUAGAGGGGCCUGUGUGUGGCUCUGUGCUCUCUGUAUUCAUGAGCGGUUGAGGUCCUGAUCCCUGUGUUUGCAGAGUGUGUGGUGAGCAUGGGAGAAGAAAUUGAAUAGUGGUAGUCCGCGUGGUGGGGGAUGGUUCGUUUUGGGGGGAAAUGUUCACAUUUUAACUAUUCAAUUUUUGAAUAAACUGUGAAAAUAAUAAUG